UGCCACGUUGGUUACAUAGAACCCCCACUGCAAGACUGAUCAUGAGGGGCGAUCGAGUCAGAGAGUCUUCCUCGUCGGCUUUACCCCAGCCCUUAUCACAGACAAGUCUCCCGAAGGCCCAGCACUGCGAGCAUCUCUGAUCGUCGCCGCCAAUUCAUCCUACACAAGUCAACAGCGGAUCGCGGUUUCUCGUUGCGACGGAAGCUAAAGCGAAAUCCCUUAUUCUCGUUGUCGCCAACGUUACCCUAAAUAGGAGUCGCCACUUGACGCGAAAGCUGAAGCGAUGGUCGGUAGCGAAUCGAAUGCCGUUUGGCCUCAGAGCAGGCCACAACGCCAUCUCGCUUCUGGUGAGACGAGUGAGAGGGCACCCAGAACCAUGCCGCGUACGACCAUCUCCUCGCAAUGGCACCAUGGUCACCACCCGCCCCACCAGCACCCCUCCACCGCCCCUCGCCUCAGCAGCCGCAGCGAGUUGCCCACCACCGUGAGGCUCGUGCCCACGUCUGCCAGCAUGGCCAGCCACAGCUGCGCGCGGCCGGCCACAGCCAGCCCCAGCACGGUGCCCUUUACUAGCACCGACACCGCCACAUUCUCACACACCACCCACUGCACCGCCCGCCCCAGCCACAGCGCCCGCGCCCGCGCCAGCUGGCGCAGGUCAUCUGACAUCAGCGCCACGACAGCAGCCUCCAUUGCUGACUGACGCGGACGCGAUGGUGCCCAUGGCGGCGCUGACAUCAGCGGGGCGGCGAGGGCGGGCGCGUCGUUGAUGGCGUCGACCACCAUGCACGUGGCGCCAUGGGCCGCCUUGAGCGCUGCCACCGCCGCCACCUUGUCCUCGGGCAGCAGCACGGCCACGUGCAACCCCAGCUCCCGCACCAGCUGCCCUGCCACCUCAGCUGCUUCGGGCCGAAGCGAGUCAGCGGUGGCAAUGGCUGCCUUGGGGAUGGCUGUCCACAUCGAGCCACGUCACCAUGGCCCCGAGGUG